UCGAUAAAUUUUCAGCUCUCGUGAAAAAGUAUGGAACUAUUCUGGUAUAAAACGUGUAAAACUCUGAAUAUUACUGUGCCUGGACUUUAUAUUUCGCUAUAUACGCUAGAAACGAAAGCAGAACUAGCCUACAACUGAAAAACAAUAAAUUUGAAACAGUCGGAUGCACGAUAUACGUAACAUUUCAUCAUAUAUGUGCGUUAUUUCACUCCAUAUUACAUUAGUUAAUCGCAGUAAUCAUGGAUAAGUCUGCCUCAAAUUAAGCUGGCCACGAUGCCACCCAAAGCCAAGUUCAAGAAAAUGGCCAUUCGCAAGGGAUUCCCACCACAGCAAACGCAAACCUGUGUCUUUAAGUUUAGAUGUCGAAAUUUCACACCCUUAUGGGCGCGCUGUUUGACCCCUUCCUCUUUGUUCUCCGCCUGAUUGCGAACAUGAGUUCCCCCAUCUACGAGCAAUAUCGGUGCGGGCCGUCGCGUCCCCUUUCCGCUGGCUCCCGUUCCCUGUGGAAGCCAAACAAGGUGCACCAGGAGGCACCCGAGGUCAAACCGCUCGAAGUACCCGAGGAUCUGCGAAUCCCGCAACUACAGCCAGACCCCCUAGAUCCGCUGGCCACCAUGAUGUCCUUUAAGCUGAUGGCCAUGGACGUGGUCAGCCAGAUGCAGACCGCCCUGCAAAAUUGUGUUAAUGCCCAGAGUCCGCCCGUGGCCAAGAUGGCGGGACUCGAGCUGGGCGCCUUGCGCCGCUGCGUGCCGUCCUCCUGCUACUUCUUCAUCGACCUGCAUCCGCAUCACGGCUUCAAGGAAACCGCAGAGGAGGUCCCCACUAGUCAAGUGCCCAGUGACAGGAACAACAAUGCAGGAAGCUCGGGAGGGUCGGCUGCCAAGAGCUCCUUGCAGCGGCAGCGGAGCAUCUCUGAAUGCAGCGAGGAUAGCUUCAUUUGCUUCGAGGACGACGCAGAGGAGGAGGAUGAGGAUAACGAGGAAGACGACGAAGAGGACGAGGAUGAUGAUGACGACAGCAGCGUGCAGUUCGCGGCAUGCGGCGAAGAUGACGAUGCCGAGGAGCUCAAGGCCUGCGAAUGCAGCAAUGACAGCUCGACUUCCGUCAAGAAGGUUCGAUUCAACAUGAAACCCGAAGUUCACGUGAUGCUCGCCUGGGACUACGCUUAUCGGGCUGCCAGGAAGAGCGAGUGGCAGGUGAUGGCGCGGGAUCGGGCUCGCUUUCAGCAAAGAAUUAAGCGAAUUUCACCGAUUCUUAACGCCGUCCUGACCCCAGUCCAUCGGGAAAACGUCUACCAAGCUCGAUUCUUGCACGAGGACUAGCCUGUCUUCAUACCUGAUGUAACUUUUGAUGUACAGAUUACAGUUUAGAACGAUUACAGCAUUAAAUUAAGCACAAGUUGUUUGCGUGUAUAAAGUUAACGAUUUA